AUGAUGCUCUGUCGAUUAUGGAGUAGGAUUGCAGCCAAGACCACAGGAGCAAAAACUACUUCUGCUCCCUCACCUGCACCUCGACAAAAGCGAGCGGCAACACCAAGCGAUGAUCUGGUCGAUUCAGCCCUCAACACCACAGGCGUAGGCACACCCAAGCAACGAGCAAAGCGACGUACGGGAGGAUCACCGUCUACUUCGCCUCCUGCUGCUCUACCAAGUGUAGAGUACAUGCAAGAAGGGUACGAUGCAGACGACAUCUGGAUCAUGGUCGAGGACGAGUUCUACACUACGGCACAAACCUUCACACAGCAUAUCCACCACGCGGAGUAUGUGCGGCUUAAGAAGCUGGCAAAAGCUCGUGGUGCGAAUACUCUGCAAGCUAUCGCUCGACCUACGGAUGGGAGGACCGAGCAGUCGAUGAGUACGAAAAUACGACUGGAGGCCGAGGCUCAGGAGAGGAAGGCCCAGGCUGGUUUGAAAGGGCUGCUUGCGGGAAGUGAUGAAGAAGAGGAAGAUAGAGAUGCGUACAUGCAUGAUCCACAGCUUGCUGGGCUGAUGACGGGCUCUCAGAAGGUAGCACCGGAUUUGACAGGCACCACCAAGCCAAGAGCGAAUACGAGAGCAGCUGCGGGCUUCCUGCAGAGCCCACAGAAGGCUCGGAGGCAGCGUAAGAUUUUGGACGAGAAUGCUUCAAACGACGCUGACUCGGGAUCUGACCUUGACAGCGGUCUGCCAGCCAAACGUCAGCAACCUUCACGAGCGCACACAGCAGGUGUCACCACUGCGGAUCGAAAGAAGGUCGCUAAUCCACAGCCCAAGACGAACGCUAAUGGUUUCUUCAAGCGCUUCGCAAGUGACAGCGACGACCGCGAAUCAGGCUCGCGGCCGGAUGGCACGACGGCUCAUCAUCCAGACGAGAGGCGCGUGCGAUCAUCGCAAGCGACAGAACAACUGCUUGCUGGUCCGUCCAAACUCUCUGAGCCAGUAUCUCCUUUCAAUGUUAGAAGUCAAGCGACUGCAGACUUCCUGGCCAAACGUAGAGCAAGAGAAGCAGUUCGACAGAAGAAUGCAAAGAAGGAAGAGAAGCAGAAGAGCACAAGCUCGAUCGAUGUGCCCACAUUCCUAUUAUGA